AUGUCACGAAGAAGCACCCGACCUUCCACAGCGCCUGAAUUUAUUCGCAACCUUCGUUUACUUGGUUUUGAACCACCCUGUAACAGCAAAUGGGUUGUCAGUCCACAAACAUUUACAGUCAAUGCUAAUAGUAUCAAAGCAUUCGAACAUGUCAGUUACUUCUUAUUCCAAUUACUUGACAAAAAGAAGGCCGAAACAACCUUUACAGGAGUUUGGCCUAUUACAGACCCCAAAAAAUCACGCGAGUACCGUCGGCUCGCCUUUCAGUGGUUAAAGGGUAUUCAACCAAGAACUCAAUUAAUCGAAGUCGCUUUGCGAAAAAGUUAUUUUAUCGAUUGUCGUGGGGAACCAUUUAACAAAAUCGUCUCGGCUUUUUCAGCUUAUGUCGUCGAAAGAAAGCUAAUCAGUCGUAGAGAUGUUGCUAUGUACAGUUCCUUUACAGCAAGAACAGACCAAGAUGAUAAGCCCAGCGUUGCUGGUAAGCGAUCCACGGCGCACCGUCCGGAAACAACUGAAGUGUUGCUUCAAAAGAAGACAAAAACCCGAGCUCCAGUUGAUUUACUCGAGUCAUCUUUAAAUUCAACACCACCCACAUACCCCUCAGCAGUAGCACCUAUUCCAUCACCACAUCAAUCUCCAUCGCCACAUCAAUCUCCAGCACCACAUCAAUCUCCAGCACCACAUCAAUCUCUAACAUUAUAUCAAUCUCCAUCAUCACAUCAAUCUCCAUCACCAUAUCAAUCUCCAUCACCACAACAAUCUCCAUCACCACAUCAAUCUCCAUCACCACAUCAAUCUCCAUCACCACAUCAAUCUCCAUCACCACAUCAAUCUCCAUCACCACAUCAAUCUCAAUCUCCAUCACCACAUCAAUCUCCAGCACCACAUCAAUCUCCAGCACCACUUCAAUCUCCAGCACCAUAUCAAUCUCCAGCACCACAUCAAUCACCAUCACCACAUCAAUCUACAGCACCACAUCAAUCUACAGCACCACAUCAAUCUACAGCACCACAUCAUUCUCCAGCACCACAUCAAUCUCCAGUAUCAACGUCACCAGCACCACAUCAAUCACUAGUAUCACAUCAAUCACCAACAUCAACUUCACCAACAUUUUCCUUUUUCAGAACCAAAAUUACUGAUGAAGAAAAUCCCUUCAUGGUUGAUGAUGGGCAAAUAGGAAUGCCAAUAUCAACCCCCCAAAAAAUUUGUGAGAAGGAAGCUAUUGCCGAGAAAUUUAAAAAAAUACAAAGGGAAGUAUUGGAGAAGGCACAGCAGGUAUACCCCGACGUGUCCUUCAUUGAGGCUAUUCAAUUAAAGGUUGCAAACUUUCGUCGUGAUCGGGAGGAUUUGCCCUUCUUUGACCAGGAUAAUGUGAAUCUGGCAACUGCAGCAAGAACAGAAACUGCAUCACCAAGCAGAUAA